UCAGGAGCGCGUGAAUAACACCAAAACUCCAGCGCGCGCCAAACGAAGCGUGCGCAUUUCAAACUUUCAGUUUUGACAUUAGACUAAAGAGAACUUUUAUCUUUGUACAUGUCGUAAAUACUUAAUCAUGAGCAUUAGAAUUAAGAAGCUGUUUGGGAAGUCAAAGAGUUUAGGUAAGGAAUCCAGGGAUGCUGAAAGAACUGAGGGUCUGUGGGGGACUUCACCCGAAGACGAGCGCGCGAGUUUCAGAGGUCCGUCCAUGACUUUACCGUCGAACCCUGUAGAUGCCACCUCAUUCCCGGACUCACUGCCCACCAGCCCCAGCGAGAAGAAGAAGAAACGUUUUCCGACCUGGAGGUCCAAAAAUAGGAAUAAAGAUAAACAGUUUCUCAGCAGUUCCGGAGAAGUGGACUCUGUGUUCAACCACAGGAGUUUUGAUGAGGUGAGCAUCCAAACGGGAGACUAUGUGAUGACCGACACCUGCCCCACCCCUGUCCGCUCUCGGGCUAAUUCAACAAUAAGCCUGGAUCUCGCAUCCCUUACAGAUCCAUCUUCUCCCACUUGCAAACACAGGAAGAGUUCUGAGGAGAAAAGUGGAGUUUUUAAUCGUAUUGGAAGUUUUUUCAAUCGGAAGAAAAAAAGCAGAACCACAUCGGAUGAUAGGGAUGAAAAUUUGUCGCCAGAGGCAAACAGCCCAACCAAGUACUCAGGAUCAGAGGAACUGAGACAGACUCAACACAGAGAGAUUGAGGAUUCCGUGUUUGGUCCAGGGAACAGAAGUCCCAGCGUGUGUAGCAUAGCCUCCAUUGUCGCAGAUGGAGGAGACUUGCCUUUUGCUGACAGCGGCAGUAGUGGACGAGGGAGCGUAAAAGAGGUGGAAGUGAUCAAGGUGAGCAGGGUUGAGACCUCCAGUGACAAGAAGACUGAGCAUCUGGUGCAGGAAGUAAACAGGAAGCUCAAGGUGUACCUAGAGGAGACAACAGACACAACAAUAAAGAAAUGUGCAGACGUCCCUAUACACACCCCUGAAACGCCAAAGUUUUCCGUGGCCUCAGGUGGGACGGAGAGUAAAAAGACAGUUUUGAAACCCACCAUCACAGGCAGCGGGAAUUACACGGCACUGGUCGGGGUGACUCUGGGAUCACAUUCUAGAAACUCAUCGUCCUCUGACAUUCCGCCUGGAGAACAGACAGUAACUGAAAGCAUGGGGAAGAAAAACGUCUCCAAACGAAAAUCACGCAAACUAAGCAAUCAAGAAAGCAAUAAUGAGCUUCGUGCCCCAACGCACAGCACUUCCCCUGAGGCAGAGGAGAGGUCAGCUCAAUCUUCUCCUUCACCUGGUCAAGUACACAUAGCCGUGUGGGCGGAAACUCACCUGACAGAGGAGGAGAGUGAGAGCUCCAUUACUGACUCACUUUCUUCUGCAGAACCUGCUCUGGCCAGCCCAACAGAGAGUCAUUCUGCCCUCGGUGCAGCUGCCAGCAACACUCCUGGUCCUUCUCGAGCUCCAGAGCCAGCCAACUUCACCUUACAUGCUUUAAAAGACAGCACUGAACCACCAGAGGAGGAAACUCAAGAGAGCCUCAUUCCUAAACACCGACAUGCUGACAGCAAUGAAGAGAAACGCAGAAGCGUGAAACUGUCACAGAGCGAAAAAGUCUUUGCUAAAAGAGUGUUUGUUGGUUCUCAAUCAAGCCUAGACGGGGAAGAACAAGCUGAGACUGAGACCCAAAGUGAGACUAACUUGGAUAUAACGCAGAAUGUACAGCAGGUUAGGGUGAAAAUACUACCAAACCCCAAAAGUGUGAAUGUCAAGCAGUCCGACCAACAGACAACUGAGUCAGUAGGAGAUUGUGCUGUUUUCAUGCAAGAGCAGCCUCUCGAUGAGAAUGUAGAGAGCCCCUUUGAAAUUUCAACAGAGAAUAGAGACGCUGCUGAUUUCCCAGAAAUGCCACUGAAUAAAGUACCAUUUAAUAGUGUGAUGAGCAGUCAUCAGAACUCAUCUGUGCCUUCCAAGCGUGCGGACAGAGCUGCAAGUGGACCAAAUGGGGGAAUUAAAGCAAAGAGCUCUCCACCACAAGUUGCCCCUAAAACAAAAGCUGUAAUGUCUCGCAUUAAAAGCAUCUCUGAGGCAUCAAAGAUGGAAGUGUCUCCAGUACGGAGAUUUUCGCAAAAAGAGACAGACCAAAAAGAGAUCAGGUCUCCGACAGAAAAAGACCAAUCUGUUACACUUAGUAAACCAAUUGACACCAAGAACAGAAUUCCUAAGAAAACUGCACCAGAUGUUCAAACAAAAACAAAGAAGGUGGUGGAGGUUGUCACAGUGUAUAGUGUGUCUACAGAAGCUGAAAGACAGAUGUCCACCAAACGUCAGAAUGAGGUAGGAUUAAAAAGCCCAGAGCAGAAAAUGUCACCGACAAAGAGAGUGGAAGAGAGAGAUGUUUUGGAUGCCUCACUAAUGACAAAAAUUUCUCAACCCACUAAAGAACAGGUCACUCUUUCAAAGCCUAAAAGAGAAAGAAGUCUAAAAAAUUCACUUUCUGAUGAUAAAUCCCCAUCCUCCCCAUCUUCACUGGAGAAUUCUAAUUCAACAAAGCUCAACUCUGAGUUCAAAGCAUGUAAAGAAAUCCAAAAAUCGAAAACACAACCGACGAUUGUCAGUGACAGAAGUCCAACAUCAAAGAGUAGUUUUUCUUAUUCAAAGAGUAAAGUCAAAUCAGGUGACACUGGCAACAAAACCCAGGCAAAACUUUCUUCCUCAGCGCCUGGAAUGGACCAAUCAGAGCAGAAAAUUGAAAAGGAGAAGCCAGCGAACGAAACCCAGCUAAGCGGGCCAAAGAGUCCAAAAAAAUUCAUGACUGAUGUGUCACCAACAGGAAGGAAGCUGCCUCAAACGACACCACAGGGCCCUCAGAAACAGCCCUCAGAUGAAGAAGUUGCCCGCGGAGAGAGUGAGUCAUAUGAACCAGCCUCUCUGCCACUUACCAAGCCAGAGAGAAAUGUGUCAUCACCGGUUAACGGUCCUGUCAGUAAUGGCAAAUCUUCCAAAUGUGAUCAAGCCACUGGGAAUGCUGUGGCCAGGGUAUCACCGGAGCUCAAAUUAAAAAGCCCUGUUAAGAAUGUGGGUGAUUUACAGUCAGCAACACCACAUCUCAAAAGUCCCACUAAACUUAAACCCAAGAAAGAUUUUAGUAAGGCAGAGCCAACUGCAGCUUCAUGUUCAAAAAUAGACAAAUGUGAGAAGAUGACAAAUUCGUCCAUCACACCCACAGCUGCUCUGAAAUCUGACACAGGAGAAACUAUUUUUACACAAUCAAAAGCCAUUUCUGAAAUGGAGAGUGAAAAUUUUGAUGCUGCUGAGACCAAAGUCACACCAGAUAUGUCACUUUCAGAAAACAAUGAUUUACAAACCAAUCAACAGACAGAAUCAAAUGUAUCAAUUUUAUCAGACCCACAUGUGCAAGUUGCGUCAGAUAAUCAGUCAGAUAUUGCUAAAGAAAAGGAUAUUGAGUUUGAGAAAAAGACAUGUACUUUUGCUACAGCAGAUGAAAUUUCUGCAAUAUCCAAAACGGCUAAACAAUCAAAAGCAUCUUCUGAAACGAAUGCCAAAAAAUCUGGUGCCACUGAUACUAAGGUCACAUUGGAUGUGUCGCUUUCAGAAAAAAAUGGUUCAAACUCUGAAAAACAUCAGACAGAGUCAAAUCUACCAAUUUCAUCACAUGUCCAAGAUGUACCAGAUAAGCAAUCAGUCAAAGAGAAGCCGCUUACUGGGUUCAAGAAAGAGAAGUGUGGCCUUACCAAGGAAAAUGACAUUUCCUCAAUACCUGAGAUGGGCCAUUACACAACCAAUGAUCUGACUAUUCAAGAUAUUUGUAAACAAUCAAAAGCCACCUCUAAAACAAAGGGUGAAAAAUCUUGUGUUGCUGAAACCAAAGUCAAACUGGAUGUGUCACUUUCAGAAAACAACAAUUUGCAAACCAUAAAAUGCCAGACCGAAUCAAAUUUACCAGUUUCAUCAGAGUCACAUGUCCAGACUAUGCCAGAUAAGCAGUCAGAUGUUGUCAAAGAGAAGUUUCUUGGAUUCGAGGAAGAGACAUGUGCCCUAACUAAGACAGAUGGAAUUUCUACAACACCCAAGACCGCUAAACAAUCAAAAGCCUCUUCUGAAAUGAAGCAUGACAAAUCUGAUUCUGUUGAAACCAAAGUCAAACUGGAUAGGUCUCUUCCUGAAAAUAAUUUACAAUUUAUAAAACAGACAGAAUCAAACUUGCCUGUUUCAACAGAAUCACAUGUGCAGGUUGCGUCCGAUGAGCUGCCAGAUGUUGUCAAAGAGAAGUCUCUUGUUGGGUUUGAGAAAGAGACAACCAGUAAUCUGAGCGCUCAAAGUAUGGAGAAGUCUUGCUCUUCUCAGGAUCGAAUUGUUCCAGUCAUUUCAGAGAAUUCAUCUGAGACAACCCAGAAUACUGAGACCAAAGAGCACAGUGUGAAAAAUGCUCUGAAUUCAGAUUUGAAACAACCAAAAACAACUACACAACUAGAUGAAAAGGUUAAAAAUAAAGAAAGUGGUAAAUGCAAAGUAUCAGAGAAACCGGUUCAGUCUGAAGACUCAAAUAAAACAAACCCAGAGUGUGUCAAACAGAAUGAAUCAAAUACAUUAAAGCAAGUUGAUGAGACAGCAGUGGCAGUGAUCACGACUCCAGAGGCUGCUUCUAAACCAGAACCUGUUCAAAAAGGUGAUCAGACUUCAGAGCAGCAACUUCCAUCAGUUAAAAAAAUACCAGAUAAACUGACUCUCAAAGUGGACAGGAAGAGUGAGGUACGAAUUAGAAAUACAGAGUCUAACCUGAAACUCCAGGAUUUUACAAAGACUAAAGAUAAACUACCAGCUACAAACUUGCAAAAGCUGAAACCACCAUCUAACCAAAGCGUUCAACAAUUUACAUCUCAGAAUCUUCCUCUGGACCCCAAAAGCCUUUCACAAAAUAGCAAGGCACCAUCUAGUUGGUUAGACGUGGACCAAAGUUUUGAGAAAAAGAAAACUGGGAGACGUAUGGAUUGUUCUGCAAGUGAUGACAAUCAGCUUGACGCUUCCAAUGACUUUGAUGAUUUCAUUCGUAACAUCAAAGAGAACUGCUCCCCUUUCUCUUUGCCACCAAGAAAACAUGGGCAGAGCAAGAUGCCGUCGCCACCUUUUGCCAUGCCGGCCAUUAAAGAAGAUCACUUUGAGAAGAUACUUGACCCAGAACAGUUCCAGUUUGGGACAAGAAAAACUGCGGGACCGAAAGACCCCUCUCCAGCCAUGAUUAUUAAGAAGAAAAAUGAAGAGACAAAAACCAAGCCACUGUCCAAACGUGCUGAGGACAGCCUGCUUUAUAAAGGUCUUUCAUCUAGACGGGAACAAGACAAAGCUAAAAAGCUCACAAUCACUGAGGAGAAAAAUGAUGGAGAAAAACAAAUCACAGAAGGCUCUGGAAAAAUGUCCUCAAGGUUGGAAAGAAUGUCAAUAAUCUCAAACCUUGUGAAAUCGCCAAACCUGUCAAGAAAAGCAAGAAAUGAACCAAGCUCUCUCAUUAAUGGCAUUCAGUCCCCCAUAACGCCACCACCAGUGGUGGUGCCAACCCCAGGAGAGCAGAAGGGCGUACCGCUGUCCCAUGCUGUCACAGCUCCAAAAGAGGGGCUUGGUGAUUCAGUAAAGAGCCCAUUGUCACCUCCUCCUCUUCCAACUUUCACAGAAGUCAAGCUGCCUGACUUAUUGGAGAAAUACAUGAAUAAAGGCAAAGAAUCCAACACAAUAAGCCAGCAAAGGCCUGACACUAGCUCUCUCCCUGCACUGGAUAUAGGUCUUACCUCCAACACAAAUUCAAACAUGGGACUGCAAGGCAUAUCAGGAUUAACAUCUCCAUCCAACAGCACUCAACAGAUUCCACUUCUCACACCCACCAGCCUCUCACCAACAUAUGCAGAGACAUCAGGUGUCAGAGGCUUCCACAGACGGCCUGGAAAGAUUGUUAUAUACCAACAGCCUAAUUUUGGAGGAGAGGCAUAUGAGGUGUUCAGAGACAUAGAGGAUGCCACCUCUCUUGAACUCUCUCCAUUCAUCUCCGUAAAGGUCAUCAGAGGAUGCUGGCUGCUGUAUGAAAAGCCAGGCUUUCAGGGCCGAUCCAUCGGUCUAGAGGAGGGGUCAGUAGACUUAGCAAAUGAGUGGGCGGAGACAGAGCCCAGUGGGGAGGUGGGGCCAGACGGCUUGCCACUUCCAACUACACCCAUGGUUAUUGGCUCUAUUAGGCUUGCAUUAAGGGACUACAGCACACCAAAAAUAGACCUGUUCACAGAGCUGAAUGGGAUGGGCCGAAUGUCUUCAUUCUGCGAUGACACCAUAGAAACCUGUUCAUUUGGUAUUCCUCAGAAUACUGGGUCCAUUAAAGUCCACAGUGGAGUAUGGCUGGUCUUUAGUGAUCCAGGUUUCCAGGGUCUUUUGGCUGUUUUGGAGGAAGGAGUAUAUCCCUGCCCUCAGGACUGGGGUUUUCCCACCCCAUUUGUCGGAUCGCUGCGGCCCUUGAAAAUGGGUGAAAUUAAGGUGGAAAAUCCCAGUGAAGUUAAGGCAGUACUCUUUGACAAUCCAAUGUUCCAAGGGGAGUACAUGGAGAUCGAAAGGGACAUUUACAACUUUGAAGGAGAGGAAGAGGAGAAGAAUGAAGAAGAGGAGACUGAGAGUCCUGACAACACCAGGAGAAAGAGACUCUGUUCUGUCAGCUCAUUGAAGAUCCUGAGUGGCCUCUGGGUAGGAUACUCUGCGCCAGGAUUCGAGGGGCGCCAGUAUCUUCUGGAGGAAGGAGAGUAUGCAGACUUCACUGACUGGGGUGGACUGGAAGACAGGCUCCUCUCUAUACGUCCUGUGUUAGCAGAUUUCAUCACUCCUCACGUGAGAAUGUUCAGUGAGCGGGAUUUCAGUGAGAGAGGGCUGAAUGUGGACCUGCUGGAACCUGUCAUGAGCAUGGAAACCACUGGCUUUGGCAUAAAGACACAAUCAGUGGAAGUCCUCUCUGGAGUGUGGAUAGCAUUCGAGAAGGAACGCUUCUCAGGUGAGCUGUAUGUUUUAGAGAAGGGUCUCUACAGCAGUCCAGAGGAUUGGGGAGCACACAACUUCAAGAUCUUGUCUCUUCAGCCUGUGGUUUUGGAUCAGGCUGAAGGUCUGUCCAGAUAUAAGGUGCAGUUGUUCGCUGAGCCAGGGUUCCAGGGAGCAGUACAGACCUUAGAUGAAAGUGUGGCGUUCCUGACGGAGGACUUCCAUCCCAUGUCCUGCAAGGUUUUGGCUGGGAGCUGGGUGGUGUUCGACGGCCCACAGUUCACUGAUAACAUGUAUGUACUGGAGGAAGGAGAAUACCCCAAUCCUGAGGCUCUGGGCUUACUCAACUCAGAUUGCAAAAUCAGUUCUGUCCACACUGUAGGACAUGAGUUUUCUAUGCCCUCCAUCACACUCUUCUGUAAAUCUGGCUUCAGAGGACGUAAAGUAGUACUGACAGAUGGCGUUUUGAACCUUUCUCUGGCUGGCAUUGAUGGGCGGGUCAACUCUCUAUUGGUCAAUGGAGGAAUCUGGGUGUUGUAUGAAUACAGCAACUUCCGUGGUCGACAAGUCCUGCUCCAUCCCAGCGAGAUCGGUGAUUGGCCAAAGUUCAGCGGCUGGGAGCAGAUUGGCUCUCUGCGUCCGUUACUACAGAAACGUGUUUAUUUCCGGCUGCGUAGUGCAGAGACAGGCUGCUUGAUGUCUCUGUCUGGACCCCUGGAUGAUUUUAAGCUGCUCCGGGUUCAAGUGCUGGAGGAAUCUGGUGGUCCAGAGCAGAUGUGGGUCUAUGAGAACGGACUACUGCGCUGCAAGCUGGUAGAGGACUGUUGUGUGGAGACGUCUGGAGGUGUGGUGAUGGCAGGUUGCAGGUUGAAUAUCUCACCUGAACCAGGCAAAGACAAUCAGUUCUGGAGCAUCACAGGAGACGGAAUCAUACGCAACAACCUCAAGCCCGACCUUGUGAUGGAGGUCAAAGGUGGGCAACAGUAUGAUAAAAACCAUGUGGUUCUCAACACCUUUGAUGAGCAGAAAACCAACCAGAGAUGGACAGUGGAAAUCCUUUAGUGCUUGAGUCGCAACAGAGACCAAUUCUGUAACUCCUGAUGUUCAGCAGAAAGCCUAAACGAUCUGAGGCUGUUCUGAGUCUUCAAGGUGAUGAGAAUCUAAACCCCAAAAAUGACUCUGACGAGUCUCUCUCACUGAUGGAUUUGGGUGACCAAAUCUCUUGAAAUCAUCUAUACCACAGUCUCUGAAUGAGUGAUGUGUCUAUGGACAUUCAACAGAAGUUCAUCGACUAUAUCAAGGACGUUUAAAGAGACCUGCCACAGUUUCACUGGGUGCGUCUCAAUCAGCUCCCUAGUGCAGUAGUCAGGGCACUGAUCAGGGAGUCAGCCAUUUUAAGAGCUGUCUCAAUCGCAAAAUCCUUCCGGUGCACUGAAACGUUCGCUUCCUAAAAAGUCCCACAAUGCACAGUGGAAAAAAAGGGAAUAUUGAUGCUCACUAACAGAAGUUCUGAAGGACAAAACAUAAAUCGCGCGAGCCAACUCACUACACAUAAUGACACUCGAUAGAUGUUUUGUUGUUGUUGUUGUUUUUUUUUAAAUACAAUCCAUUAUAUUUCAGCAUAAACAUACAACGCUAGACAGGUAAUGAACAUAAUUUAGCUAACAUUUAUAAUUUGUUUACGGCUGAAAUGUUGCACGUAUAUGUAACAAUCAAAGUAUUUGUACUAAUGUACUUUAAAUAACAUUAAAAAAAUAAUGACAGAAAGAUAUCAUUGCUGCUGCUGUUCACAAAUACCAGUAGUUUACAAUAAGGAUGUUGCCAUGUCGUCAGAAAUAGAGCCAUAAGUGUCCCAAUGUGUAGUGAGCCACGUUUCUUACUGUCCUUACCAGUACCCAGAUUCAUGUACACAAUAUACUGAUUCAUGCCCCCGGAAGCUAGGGAGCUGAUUGAGACGCACCCACUGUCUUUUGUGCUAGCACUUUUUUGUUGUUGUUCUCCACUGACCCGGCAACACAAAGAACUAUCCUGCUUGCAACGCCAUGAUAUUACCAAAGGGGGGCGCACUAGCAUUAAGAUUUGUAUGUAGCUGCACUUUAGGUGACCUUGUUCAUUUCUUGUACUAGCAAAAAAUCAAGAUUUGGCUAGUUAGUUUGACCCAGUUUACCCCUUGCUUUAUGGAGCAAAAAGCAUCUUCCUCCAAAUCAUAAGUAGCUGUGUAUUCUGACUAAAUUAUUUUUGUAAGAAUUACAUAAAUCAUAGAAAUUUCAUCAUAGUAUGGUAGAUGUUUUACUAGUGCCUUAUUUUCUGAGGGUUCUUAAAUGCUUUAAAUAGACUAUUUUUCCUCGUCUGAAGCCACAUCUCAGGAUGGUCGCUAGUAAAGGACUUGUGCAAGUACUUUCGGCCAAUCAGCAGUUAAGAUUAAUCACAUUUAUAGGCUGGCUGCAGAACUAAGCUCUCAUGAGUAAAAUUGACAUACUUUCAAAGGCUCCUGCGCCAGAUGAGCAACUGCUGUUGAGAUGAAUGAGAAUACAAAUGGAUAGUUUUCUCCAGGUAUUAUAGACUUCACUGAAUGUAAGGUAGCAUUUAUAUGCCAUUCAGACUCACUGAAAACUAAAUGUGGAAAAUGUUUACUCAUACCAUUUUACAGUUGCUGUACAAAGUGUUUAACAUGUCAUGUCAGACUAUUCUGCUAAAUCAGAAAAAAAAAAAACACCAUUGCACAUAUUGAACACACAUUGAACAUUAUAUACCAUCUCCUUCUAUUCAUGCUGAUCUGGCAUCAGUUCAAUCCAGUAACAAACUCACAUUUAUUGGAAAGGCAGCUGAUCCUUGAUCUGCUCUCAAGAGUAUUUUCUGUCUCUCUCUAUUUUCUUUUAUAAAGAUUUUUUGAUAGUUGUUUGUACAUUUUCUAUAUAUCUAUGUUUAGUCAUCUGUUUUAGCGUUUUUAUAUGUUCAUGAUUUCCAAAAUGUACUGUUACAUAUAGAAUAAAACAUUUUUAUUGUU